AGGAUUUUAUAAUAAAAAGGAUAAGGUAGCGUAAGGGAAGUGAAUGGAGGGAAAGUGCUAGGUGAUAUCGAACAAGUACGCCAAUGGCUUCGAUCCCCGGUACGAGUUGUUAUUCAUCGUCAUCAUGGUUGAUAUUGAAAAGCAAUAGAACUGCGUUUAUGGGGAGUUCGCAUUCCCCCAAAUUGGGGGGAACCCAAAUACUAUCCUCUGUGUCCGCGCCUACUCCCAUGCUGCAACUGGAAGCCAAAGCCAGAACCAGUAAAGAAGACAGGACUGCUCGGCAUUCUCGCAUCAGAAAGAAGAUAGGGCCAGGGCUGUGUAUCUUCCGUUCAAACAAGCAUCUUUAUGUCCAGGUGAUUGAUGACACUAAGAUGCACACACUUGCUUCAGCUUCAACAAUGCAGACUAUAUCUGAGGAGUUCAACUACAGUUCUGGGCCCACCAUUGAGGUGGCAACGAGAAUUGGUGAAGCCAUUGCAAAAUCCUGUUUGGAGAAGGGGAUAACAAAAGUGGCCUUUGACCGUGGUGGUUAUCCAUACCAUGGACGUGUGGAAGCUCUUGCUGCUGCAGCUCGUGAAAAUGGCCUUCAAUUCUAGGAUUUGCAUAGUUAGCUUUUCUGUCUGAAUUUUUUUUUUUUACUUUUUUCUUGUCUCAGAACUUUGCCAGGGAAAAUGUGUUAUUCUGUCAACAUGAUAUGCUGCCAUUCCUUUUAUUAUUCCAAACAUCUAUGGAAAGUUUUCUGGUCAUCUUGGUCAAUUCAACUUGUUUGAACCUUAGGAAAAACAUAUUCAUACUUUAUAGCUCCCUGAUCUGACAUUGACCAUGAGAGUGCACUUGAUAUAUGUUUAUUGUUGAAUCGGCAGCAGAUAUAUACCCCCAAACCUUUCAAGACAGAAUAGUGAAAUUUUCUUCGUAUGA